AUGGAGUUAUUUCCCGAAAAUAAGCAGUCUCAUUUCACCGUGAAAAUGAGUCCACGUAGUGAUUUAUGCGGGAAAUGGGCAAUAAGUCUGAGCGAGGUUAUUAUUCCUAGAAAUUGGUUUAACAUAUCAAAUCAUAAUAACGAUUAUACUAUUACUAGACAUAAAAUUAGAAGAGAAAAAAUAACCGAUGUAACAUGUGAGAUUCCAUUAACUACAGGCGAUGAAAAUGAAGGGACGCUUUUCCAUUGGAUAAACAAGAAUAUAGUUUCAUUAACAGGAUCUAAGUUGGCAGAAUUUGUUUUAGACAAGGAUUAUAAAAAUGUAAAACUAAAUUUGGAAGAGGGAUUCGAGUUGCGUAUUUCGAGAGAAAAGGCUCAUAAACUACUUUAUUUUUUAAAUUUACCAACCAAAGAUAUAGUAUUUAAACAACGGAGUUCGAGUUUAAUAUUGCGAGAUGAGAGUGAGGAAUAUCUAUCAAAUCCUAGAUUUUAUAAAGAUCAAUUUAUAACUUUAAUAGAAAGAGAUAAAAAAGUUGUCGAGGAAAUCGAUGUAGAGGAAAAAAUUUUUAUUCCAAUCGGGUUAUAUUCCUCUGUUGAAAAAUUUCUUGGAAUUUUUAAAUAUAUUAAAUUAGCAUUACUACCUAAUAACAAAAUCGUUUUAAAAGUUCAUAAAAAUAUAACAAUUGAAUUCGGAAACGAAUUAAAAGAUUUGUUAGGAUUUAAAAAAAGCAAAUUUUCCGAAGGCGAAUAUGUGAGCGACUAUCCCAUCGAAUUAUCUGCCGGAAUUUCAGAAAUUUUUAUUUAUUCGAAUAUCGUUGCUUCUCAUCGUGUUGGGGAUAUAACCGCUCCACUUUUAAGGGUUAUACCUGUAAUGGGGGAAAAGUCAGAUCAAAUAGUUAGGGUCUACCAAUCACCUCUAUACCUUCCUUUACGACGUAAUUAUAUAGAUACAAUUGAAAUCGAGCUGAGAACUGCUAGUGGAAAAGAAAUCGUCUUUUUUGGAGGAAAGACAUUAUUAGUUUUAUCUUUUAAACAGAUAUAAAUAUCGUAUAUUUUAUAUAUUAACGUUAGUUCGUCUUUGUGAAGUAGAAAAUGAAGCUCGAUCCCCGAGAUUGUAUAGAUUAUUACUGCAAUCAAGCAGGAGGAACGGUACUGACACACGAGU